AUGUCACCUAAACCUAAUUUAAUUCUAUUUAUGCCUGACCAAUUGAGGUAUGAUUGUAUUGGCGCAAAUGGAAACCAAAAAAUUCAAACACCGAAUAUCGAUAGACUUACUAAAUUAGGAGCACGGUUCUCGAAUUGUUAUUUGCAGCAUUCCGUAUGCUCACAAUCACGAGCCUCUAUGUUUACUGGUAAAUAUCCGCAUGUUACCGGACAUCGUGGAUUGACGACAUUGAUUAAACCGUAUGAGGAUAAUUUAUUCAAGUCUUUAAAGAACGAUGGUUAUUUUGUUGUGAACGUUGGAACCAGAGGUGAUUUAUUUUCUGCUGGUGGAUAUGAAGAGAGUUUUGACGAAUAUGGUUUCACUGUUAAGACCAAUUACGACAUAUUUAAGAAAAACCGAUCGUUGGAAAAGCCAUCUUUUCAAGAUAUUCAGGUCGACUGGCCUAGACUGUAUUAUUCUGGAAAUAGAGGCGAUGACCUCAAAAUUGACUACGACGAAGCUGUAAUAAGUUCUGCCGAAAAAUGGUUAAAGGCGUUCAAAAAGGAUUCGUCUUUAACGGAUGGAAAACCAUGGGUUUUGUUUUUACCACUCUUUUUCCCUCAUUGCCCUUUUGAAGUUGAGGAAAAGUGGUACAACAUGUAUUCGAGAGAGGAUGUUCCAGCGAGAGUCAAAAUAGAGACAAAGACUGGAGGGGAACCUUUGUACAUGAGAAGGUUAAGGGAAAAGCAUGGCUUGAUAGAUUUGCCCGAACGUGUCUGGAAUGAGGCUAUCGCCACUUACUACGGAAUGAUUAGCAGAUUAGACUGGCAAUUCGGUAGAAUUCUUAAUUUAGUCGAGGAUGAACUGAAGAAUAAUCUAUUCCUAUUUUUCUUUACAGAUCAUGGAGAAUACUUAGGCGAUCAUAAUCUAAUUGAAAAAUGGCCUAGUGGUGUGUCAGAACAGUUAACGCAUGGACCGUUGUUCAUUGCGGGACCGGAAGUAGAGAAAGGUCGGACAAUCAAUCACUUAGUUGAAAUGCUUGAUCUUGUACCAACGAUUUUUGAUCUAGGGAAAGUGGAAACUCGAUACCCGAACAAUGGUAAAUCUCUGGUCCCAUUGUUGAGCGCGCAAUCGACAAAUGACAUCAUUCACAAAGAAUAUGUCGUAACAGAAGGUGGCUUCCUAAAAUCUGAGGAACCAAUUAUCGAGAUUGCACCGUUUCCCUAUGAUAUUAAAGCCAAUUUACAGCACGAUGAAAUUGACACAGUUGGCCGCGUGAUUUCCAUGAGAACGAAAGAGUUCACAUUCGUAUACCGAUUAUAUGAACCGAAUGAGCUGUAUAACAGAAUUGACGAUCUAGACGAGAGGCACAAUCUAAUAGCCGAACCAUCAUACACUUCCACAGUUGAUGCCUUUGAAAAGAAAAUAUUGAAGUUCUUCAUAGAAAGCAGUGAUCAUGCUCCAUUUGUAUCUGACGUUAGAAUACCUGAAGUAAACCUACCUCUACCGGGAUCAAAAGAGUUUAAAUAA